CCAUUUUCGAAUCGCUCGGAUUCAGGUUACCGCCGCUUCUCCGCCCCCUCGAUCCACGAAAAUGUCUGUGCAAAAGCCCACCAAGCCCACCGGUUUCGAAGGCGAGGAAUCUCGCAUUCACCGCAUCCGCAUCACCUUGACCUCGCGCAACGUGAAGAACUUGGAAAAGGUCUGCGCCGACUUGAAGAAGGGUGCCGUGGACAAGAACCUCAAGGUGUCCGGCCCCGUGCGCCUCCCCACCAAGAUCCUUCGCUUGACCACCCGCAAGUCUCCUUGUGGUGAAGGUACCAACACCUGGGACCGCUUCGAAAUGCGCAUCCACAAGCGCAUCAUCGACUUGCACUCCCCUUCGGAGAUUGUGAAGCAAAUCACGUCCAUCUCCAUCGAACCCGGUGUUGAAGUCGAAGUCACCAUCGCCGACUCCAACUAAAUCUAAUAGAUCGACGACUCGACGUGCGGGCUUGAUGCCUGUGCUGGCACUUUUGCAACGACAA